CAACUGUCAACUAAUAACGGGCAACAGGUGCGAACUGAAGACAGGUUCAGCCAAUCAGCUGUUCUUGUUUGUACACGUUCCCGUGUUGUUAUGCUUGCUGGUGGAAGUGAGUGUCAUGCUUGAUUAGAUAACGCAUAAUGACGUCUUACUGAAGUUCGUUUUUGCAGUAGGGCAAAGUGUUUAGGCCUUUGGAUGCAAGAAAAAUGACUGACACCGAAGAAAUAGAUGGAAAUACUAUUUUGGCAGAAGCCUUGAGAGACCAGGGAGUGCAAUAUGUUUUUGGAAUCGUGGGCAUCCCUGUUGUGGAGCUGAGCAUGAGCCUACAGCAGGCAGGAUUGCACUAUGUUGGCAUGAGAAAUGAACAAGCAGCUUGCUAUGCAGCUCAAGCUGUUGGCUUCCUCACUGGUCGACCAGGUGUUUGCCUUGUGGUCUCAGGGCCUGGCUUGCUUCACUGUACUGGUGGUAUGGCAAAUGCACAGAUUAACUGCUGGCCAUUGAUAGUGAUUGGUGGUUCAGCUCCUCAAGAUCAUGAAGGGAUUGGUGGAUUUCAAGAAUGUCCACAGGUAGAACUGAGCCGCCCAUAUUGCAAAUAUGCUGCUCGCCCACCAAGUCCUUCACUCAUUCCACUACACGUUGAAAAAGCAGUUCGUCUCUCUGUUUAUGGAAGACCAGGUGUGAGCUACCUGGACUUCCCAGGAAACCUGCUUAUUCAACGUGUGCCACGGGACACUGUGGGAUGGAUGCCACCUUGUGCCAGUCCACCUGUUAUCUAUCCAGAUCCAGACCUUAUUCAGAUUGCUGGCCAAUUGCUGACCAGUGCAAAACAUCCACUUGUAAUAGUUGGCAAAGGAGCAGCAUAUGGAAAGGCUGAGCAUGCAGUUAGAGAACUGAUUAAUGCUACGUCCUUACCAUUUUUGCCAACUCCAAUGGGGAAAGGUGUUGUGAGUGACACUGACGAACACUGUGUUGCAUCUGCAAGAACAUUUGCACUUCAAAAUGCUGAUGUCAUACUGCUACUUGGUGCCAGACUCAACUGGAUGCUACAUUUUGGACGACCACCCCGUUUUGAUGCUGCAGUGAAGAUAAUACAGGUUGAUAUUUGUGCUGAAGAGCUUCAUAACAGUGUAGCUUCUGCAGUAGCCAUUCAGUCUGAUGUCCGAGUUGCAGCAACACAACUGGCAACACUUCUCCGAUCAAAAGCAUGGAAGCUUCCUAAGACAAGUAACUGGUGGAAGUUGUUGGACAAAAAGUGUUCUGACAACAAGAAAUCUGUACAGGCUAUGUGUUUGGACACAACAGUUCCACUGAAUUAUUAUACAGUUUUUCAUCAUAUUCAGGAACUUAUUCCAAAAGACUGCAUCAUUGUGAGUGAAGGUGCCAACACAAUGGAUAUAGGAAGAUCAGUUCUUUCCAACAUUCUUCCGAGGCACAGGUUGGAUGCUGGCACAUUUGGAACAAUGGGUGUAGGACUGGGAUUUGGUAUUGCUGCUGCCUUAUGGUGCAGAACAAAUUCACCAAGUAAACGAGUCCUGUGUGUUGAAGGAGAUUCUGCUUUUGGUUUUUCUGGGAUGGAAAUAGAAACAAUGUUCAGGUACAAACUGCCAGUGAUAAUAAUAAUUGUAAAUAACAAUGGAAUAUAUGGUGGGUUUGAGAAAGAAUUCUUCAAAGACUUACAGGAAGCUGGAGAAAUUACAAAAGUGACUCCACCAUCUGCUCUGUCAGUAAAUGCUCGAUAUGAUAAAAUGAUGGGCAUAGCUGGAUAUGAUGGUUAUUAUUGUACAACUGUGCAACAGCUCCAGAGUGCUGUCCGGAAUUCGCUAAUGGUGAAUGACCGACCCAGUAUUAUCAAUGUCUCCAUCAAUCCAUCAGCAGAUCGCAAACCACAAAAUUUUGGUUGGCUGACUGAAUCUAAGCUCUGAGAUUCAGCUUUUUUGAAAUUUGUGUGCUGCAUGGGUACUUUUGCAAUGUGCUGAGCUAGGAAGUCUUUGUAUAUUAUGAUACAACUGUUACAGAUAUGUGAUAUUUAGAAUAUCUGUGACUAAAAAGUAUUAUAUUUAAUUGGGAUCCAAUUUAUGUGAAUGUGGUUACAUAUAUAUAUAAGGACAAUUUUUAUAUGAUUAAAUUUAUUAUGUUUUGCUAUGGUGACAUCAGAAAAAAGACAAUAUAAAAAAUUACAAUUCAAUAA